ACAGUAACAUUGAUAUCUGAUGCGGGAUUACUGGAGGGAGGAAAGGACUCCUGUCAGGGAGACUCAGGAGGUCCGAUGGUCAGCAAACAAAAUGGCCGCUGGAUUCAGUCAGGAAUUGUGAGUUUUGGCUUUGGCUGUGCUCAGCCAAAUUACCCAGGAGUCUAUGCCAGAGUCUCCCAGUAUGAGAGCUGGAUCAAAGCCCAGAUCGCCACCAACCAGCCAGGCUUCAUGACCUACACAUCAACCGGAACCAACAGCGACCUCAGCAUCUCCUGCACUGGCGUGCCACCAAUCACGACCCCCACACCAACGAUAUACUGCGGCCGGGCCCCACUGAACUCUGGUAUUCUGGGCAGUAGUUCUGUGGCGGCAGCUGGUGAGUGGCCGUCCAUGGCGAGUCUGCAGAAGAACGGACAGCAUGAGUGUGGAGGAACUCUGGUGUCCAGGGAGUACGUUCUGAGCAACGCUGCCUGCUUCUCAGAAUCUCCUAAUGUGUCUCAGUGGACGGUGGUUUUGGGUCGUCUGAAGCAGAAUGGGUCCAACUCGUUUGAGUCAUCGUUCAGCGUGUCGAAUAUCACCAUGAGCAACCUGACCGGGUCCAACAUCGCAUUGGUUCAGCUGUCCACGAGCCCCACCCUGAGCAACUACAUCCAGCCCAUCUGCCUGGACAACGGCAGAACCUUCCCGGUCGGAUCCAGCUGUUGGGCUGCUGGCUGGAGCUCUGGGCGAGGAGGAGUCGAGGAGCUUCUGCAGGAGUUUCAGACGUCGGUGCUAACCUGUGAAAAUGUUUCCUCCACGGAGAACAUCUGCACCACAGAGUUCACUCUGGAGAAGGGUGACCUUGGUGGUCCGCUCAUGUGCCAGCAGGACGGUUCUUGGUUCCAGGCCGCCGUGGUUCUGACCUUGAACUCCUCUACCAGCCAAACUCGAGCCAACACGAAUGUCUUUGUCAAACUCAGUAAAUUUAACGACUUCCUGACUCGGAUACUCGGGGUCUUCUUGACUCCAGAACCCUCCGCUAAUGCCACCGUCCCCACUGCCUCCAGCGGACACCCUGAGGCUCACUUCCUCUUCCUCUUCUUCCACCUCCUCAUCCUGCUCUUGUGUCUGCAGCUCUUCUCAUAGAAAGGCUGGGUUUGGGAGCCUAAAGUCUGACCAGAUCUUCCCCUUUCUACAUGUUUAAACGGGUUCUCUGAGCGGUUUCUCUGUGGUUCUUUGGGUUGAAGGUGGAAGGAGGUGCUGGUUGAUGAAUCAAGUGUUUCUGAGGAUUUAUCGGCUGAACAUUCAGGUUUCCCUUCCAAGGAGACAGAAUUAAAUGUGUCUUGAUCAAAAGUUCUCCAGAUCUCCUGAAGGUUCCUCAAAGUCUUUCUUGGUUUCACCUGGAGGAAGUCUGGAUUCUCUGGUUCUGUUUGCGACCCGGUCCAGCUGGAGCUGAUUGAAGGAGUCAGAAUGAAGAAUUUUAACAGCUGCUGAUAUUUUUGUCUGAAACCAAACAGAUCAGAUUGUUUUAUUGUUUAGAAGUCUUUAUCUCAGAAACCUAUUAUCUAUCUAUUAUUAUUAUCUACCUAUUAACACAUAUCAUUCACAACCAGUAUCUGCACUAAUAACUAAUAAUAGUAUUGAUAAUAAUCAUAAUAAUUAUUAUUAUUCUGUGUUGAUUCUUUGUCUUCACAGGAAAAUGUUUUAAAUUAACUGAUUGAUUUUAUGUCUGUAUCUGUUUCAUAUUACAGUUGUUUACAUAAUUAUCUAUAAAAUGAAAAUAAAUAUAUGUUGAGUAUUUGCUGUGUAACGUCCCCAAACACUGGGGCGUGGACCGGCACCUGUCCGUGUGCUGCUCAGUAAUGGGUCGCAGACGGGUCAGGUUCUCUGAUUCAAUAAAUUAUUUCUUAUUUGUUCAAAUUAUUUUUUCUUUCUAUGAAGCCUGAAAAAACCUUCAGGAUUUGCUAGAAUUGACCUUUGAACUGUUUUGUGUUCAGCCAGCUUCUCCAACAGUCAGUUGGAGUUCUGACCUGUUCCUCCUCACAGAACCUUGAAGCUCCACCCACUAAUGUCCUCUGGACUCAGAACCAUUGGGGGUCAGAGGUCAGGGGUCAGGACUUGGACACAGUAGAACAUUUCUGUAUUAAACUCAUUUUAUCCGUUUGUGAUGUUCUGACAAACUGAACAUUAUACUGGAUUUCACCUUUUUGAAUUAAAAAUGUGAAAUAAAUGAAUUUCCGUCCAGUGAGUGGACCGCCUGGCAGAGUUUCUGGAAGAUCGCCUUCGUUCGCAGAAAGUUUUUAAUAAAUCAAGUUUUAAACCUUCCAGGAAGUCGAGAGCUGAAAAUCCCCAGAGCCGCUUUUCGUCAUUACUACGGCAGAUCGUACAGCUGCUCUGCUGCCGAUCAGCUGAUCACAUCCAAUGACACUUACCAGGUUUGGACCACAGCAUUCCUGUCGUCAUGGCGACCCACAGAUUAUUUCAUGUCGUCUCCACACACAGUGAUUAGUGGAAGGGUUUAUUUUUAUUAAAGGAUUCAAGGAUUUCUUUAUUUUCAUACCAGCCUUGAUUGUGGUACGAAAUUCAGCCUCAGUCCUUCAUGAUGAGGAGCGCCUUCCUCCUGCAUCAUGCUGAUUGGAGGUCAGAGGUGGAGGGAAGGCAGCUCCCCACAGUCCUCUGUGCAGCCUUGACCCUAACCUCUGCAGAGCCGUCCUGUGCCACACGCUGAUGCAGGUGCAGAGAACGCUCUCCACCACACAGCAAUAGAAGCUCCUCAGGACUGAGAAAUAAAUGAAAACUGAAAUGUUGGUUCUGAAUAAACUUAUUUUUAUGUCAUGAU